GGCCUGGGCGGCCGGGCUGAGGCGGAGUGGUGACGUUGCCCCCGCGGCGGGCGGCCCCCUCACGCCGGGCGGCCCCCUCAGCCGGCCCCCCCGGCACCGACCCUCGGACGGAACCAAAGCGGGGCCUUCCUGCCCGCGGCCCUGAGAUCACCUUGUGAGUUUUUAAUAAGCCGCCAAGAUGGUGCUAGCAGAUCUUGGAAGGAAAAUAACCUCGGCGCUACGCUCAUUGAGCAAUGCCACCAUUAUUAAUGAAGAGGUCUUAAAUGCUAUGCUAAAAGAAGUGUGUACGGCCCUGUUGGAAGCUGAUGUUAAUAUUAAGCUGGUGAAGCAGCUACGAGAAAAUGUCAAGUCGGCGAUUGAUCUUGAAGAAAUGGCAUCUGGCCUCAACAAAAGAAAAAUGAUUCAGCAUGCUGUCUUUAAAGAACUUGUGAAGCUUGUGGACCCGGGAGUCAAAGCCUGGACUCCUACCAAAGGAAAACAGAACGUUAUAAUGUUUGUUGGGCUGCAGGGGAGCGGGAAAACCACAACGUGUUCAAAGUUAGCCUACUAUUACCAGAGAAAAGGUUGGAAGACCUGUUUGAUAUGUGCAGACACAUUCAGAGCAGGGGCUUUUGACCAGCUAAAACAGAAUGCUACCAAAGCCAGAAUUCCAUUCUAUGGAAGUUAUACUGAAAUGGACCCUGUAAUCAUCGCCUCUGAAGGUGUGGAAAAAUUCAAGAAUGAAAAUUUUGAAAUUAUCAUUGUUGACACAAGUGGCCGUCACAAACAAGAAGACUCUCUGUUUGAAGAAAUGCUUCAAGUUGCUAAUGCAGUACAACCUGACAACAUCGUGUACGUGAUGGACGCGUCCAUUGGGCAGGCUUGUGAAGCUCAAGCGAAGGCUUUCAAAGACAAAGUGGACGUGGCCUCCGUUAUCGUGACGAAACUUGAUGGGCACGCGAAAGGAGGCGGUGCGCUCAGUGCAGUUGCCGCUACAAAAAGUCCAAUUAUUUUCAUUGGAACUGGAGAACAUAUAGAUGACUUUGAGCCUUUCAAAACCCAGCCUUUCAUUAGCAAACUUCUUGGUAUGGGUGACAUAGAAGGAUUGAUAGAUAAAGUCAAUGAGUUGAAACUGGAUGAUAAUGAAGCGCUUAUAGAAAAACUAAAACAUGGCCAGUUUACAUUGAGAGACAUGUAUGAACAAUUCCAAAACAUCAUGAAAAUGGGUCCCUUCAGUCAAAUCUUGGGUAUGAUCCCUGGCUUUGGAACAGAUUUUAUGAGCAAAGGCAAUGAGCAGGAAUCAAUGGCAAGGCUAAAGAAAUUAAUGACAAUAAUGGAUAGCAUGAAUGAUCAAGAACUCGAUAGUACAGACGGUGCCAAGGUUUUCAGUAAGCAGCCGGGACGAAUUCAAAGAGUAGCAAGAGGUUCAGGUGUCUCUACAAGAGAUGUUCAAGAGCUUUUGACCCAGUAUACCAAGUUUGCCCAGAUGGUGAAAAAGAUGGGUGGCAUCAAGGGGCUUUUCAAAGGGGGUGACAUGUCAAAGAAUGUGAGCCAGUCCCAGAUGGCAAAACUGAAUCAGCAGAUGGCGAAAAUGAUGGAUCCAAGAGUUCUUCAUCACAUGGGUGGGAUGGCAGGCCUACAGUCCAUGAUGAGGCAGUUUCAACAAGGAGCUGCUGGGAAUAUGAAAGGCAUGAUGGGAUUCAACAACAUGUGAUGAAGAUGCCUUAAAAGACACUGACUCAGUUGAUCUUAACGUGGGCUAAGAUUUCGAUUUUUUUCUCCUUUUUUCCCCUCAGUAGAAAAGGAGAGUUCUCUUCCCUCUCCCUGCUCCCCCCUCCAAACCCCUGCUCCCCGCCCCAACUCUUCGUCAUUUUGGGAAUCUGAUCUUUUGAAACUUUUCAGACACCUCAUAGUUUCUAGGUCUUUCUGGAAGUCCUAUUUUGGCUUAAGAAUGUCCCCUUCCUGUUAAUUUCCAAGGUCACAAUAACAGUUCUUAAGUUAAGAGAAUCAUGAUGUAAACUUUUAGUACUUACAGUUUUUAAUUGUUUGCCUCGAAGAGCGGCCGUUACAUUUGUAAACAGUACAGGUGCAUAGUUCCAGGAUGUCGCAGGAAAAACACUGUAAAAUAAAUUCAAAGUGGUUGUAAAUGAAGGGUUGGCUAACGUUCUUUGUGGCUUGAAACCUUAAUUUUCAAGAUGACCACGUAAAAAGGUGGAAUUUGGAACUAAGGGCUACAUAUCUCCCAGAACACUGUCGGAGUCACAGAUUUAGUCUUCAGAUUUUCAUGGGAAAUAACGUUCAUGUAAAAACAGCAACUUACCGUGAAUGUCCAGGUUGUGGUGUAACUGAGUAUAAUUUAAAGACACUUUUACUGCAGAAAAUAUGAGCUUCAUUUGUUCUGUAUAAUGGAGUCCUGUAUCUGAAGUGUCAAUUAUGUAUAUCUCGAGUAUAGCUUAUAUUUUUGAAGCCUUAAUUGUAGUCAAUUUUAUAAAUCAUUUACAAAUCACUUCCUUGAUUUAUUUUCUGUACUCAGAAGUUCUUAACAGUGCAUGCGUGAUAGGGUGCAUCAGUGGUGGUGAAGAAAAUAGCUUUUAUAGGCAUUUCAGAUGUUUACCGAACCCCCCCCCCCCCUCCCGCCAUAAUGUAUGUAGUUAAAUUGUUUAGGUCUCAGAAACAGUGUUUUUUGUGCAAUGAAUUUUAAAUGAUGGUGAAACGAUCCUAAGCGUGAAGCAAAGGCGGGGAGAUUAAACAAGCCAAAUAGCUAACUAGUUUCAGGUUUUGUCUGUUCCCUCCAGUACUGGUAGAGGACUGCGAAGAGGUUGACAGGAAGAAAAGUCACCUGAAGCAAAGCAUCUUUGAUUUUACGAUCGUUACGUGUGAAGAUUGGACGUCAGCGGAUCUAUUUAGGACGAACAGACCCUCAUCCUAAAUGGCUCUGACAUGUUCUUAGUCACUAGACUGUAAGCUCGUCGUGGGCAGGCAACAUGUCAAGGCUCUCCCAAGCGCUUAGUACGGUGCUCUGCAUACAGUAAGUGGCAUUUACAGUAUUUACAGGAAGUAAAUACCAUUGAUGGUUUGAUCAACUCAUCGUAAUAGGCAAGGUGGUCUAGUGGAAAGAAAAUGGAACUGGAAGUCUGGGGACACGGGUGUUAUUUUAACCUUUCCGGCCCCCGGUUUCCUCAUCUGUAAAAUGGGGAUAAAUUAUAUUGUGAGCCCUGGGCAGGCCAGGGUCUGGUUGAGCUGAUAACCUUGUACAAAGCCCAGCACAUACUAAGUGCUUAAUAAAUGCCAUAAUUAACACUGCACUUUAAGUAGCGUUGCAUAUAUUUGCGAGGCUCUGCUGGAAGGUGGUGGGUUUUUGUAGAUUACCUUAGCUUGAAAGCUCUGAGGAAUAACGUUUCAGAACGUUAAAGAUUAAAAUUAAUUAAAAAUGUGUGCGCAGAUCCCAGUAGAUUCAAUUAGGGCACUUUUUCAACGUGGCUUUUUUGGAGACACUUGAAGGGAUCUUUCAUCGAGACCCAGCGCUGACCUUGUUUACUUCAACAACUCUUUUGUUCCCAGCCAAAUCUUUGGUUCAGUGGAAAAAGAGGCCCCUCUUUCCCCCACCAAGAGGGUCUCUCUAGUCGAGACCCCCAUGAAAGGGGGAGAAAUCAGCAUUUAGAAAUGUGUGAUGAAUUGGACUGAUGACAUAUAUGGGCUUUGGAGGUUCGCAUCCUCAGAGCUUCUUCGUAUUGUGCAAAACUACAAGUCCCGUGGGGAAGGACUACAUCUUUCGUUACUAUUAGGGCGCAGGAGUAAUGAGGCUUGUGGCAUUUUGGGAGCUUUGAAUUUACAGAUUUUAAUGUCAAGGCGCCAGUGAUUUUUAUUUUUUUUCCCAUUUUGGCACCUUCGGAUGCCUAGGAAUGGGGUGAGUUUGAUGGUGUUUGAUUUCUGUAAUCUCCUAAGAAAGCGAUCGUCUGUAAACUCAUUUGAACAAACAUCUCAGGUUCAGGUCAGUUUAAUUCAAGCACCUCAAAGUGAGGCAUCCAGAUGAGUCAAAUGUGAUUUGUUCCUUGUUUCUUGAGUUUGGUGGAGCGGGUGGGAAGCGUGAAGGAGAGCUGGCUUUUGAAAUUCUUGCCACAACGGAGGGGAACUGAAGCCGAAAUCUAUCCAUGUAGAUCAAACCAUUAUGGAUAGAUUUCAUGAUUUUCAAACCAAAACCUGUAUCGUUCUCAGCUGUGGGGAUGGAAAGGCCUUCUCUCCGCGGGAGAGUAACCAAAAAUAUGUGUUGAAACAGUUUCACUACCGUGUCACCACAAUGUUUUGACUUUGAUUAGAAAUAAAAGAUGAAAAUGGGAGAAAACAGGCAGCGCAUUGAUCGAAAGUCGCACUCCCACGGGAGAGUUUAGGAAUUUGAUAAACUUUUGUUAAUUAUUUCUGACGGGUGAGGCUCUGGAUAUAUCCCCUUGAUCUUAGGCCCUGUCUUUUAAUGUGUUCUGUAUGUAAUAUGUUUGGGUAUAGUAGCGUAUCAUUAACCACAUACAACUGGAUUUAAUAAUUCAGUCAAGAUGGCAGUGACCCUCCGUCGGUGCCCUGUUGAAAUAUUUUAAAGAUGUAAAUCAUUCUGUUCAUUGAUGCUGCAGUAUAUAAGAUCCCGUAUACUUUGUGUGAUUCCUGGGAGCCAGACAUGGAUUUGUUUCAGUCUCUGACGUUGAUCACCUUUCUCAGGAUGUGCUAGCUGAUGAAUUUUGCUAUACAGUCUCUGUCCUUUCCUUUUUCAUGUAUUGGAGUUCUAGGUCGUGCCCCUGUUGUUUGCAACUUGUGGAUCUGUCCCAAAAGUAAGAACUGGUCAGAUGUAGCCUGCAGUAUAUGUUAAUACUCUCGUCAGCGCUUAGAACAGUGCUUUGCACAUAGUAAGUGCCUAAUCAAUGCCAUUAUUAUUAUGAUUAUUAUUAUGCUUUCAGAACAGUUUGGAAAAUUCAGCUCAGAAGCUCCUCCCAGGCAUUUAGUACAGUGCUGAACAGAUACUGCUAUUACUACUACCGCAACUUGGAGACUGAUUAAAGUCUGAGCCUUUUAAAAUGGUGUCCUUUUAGAAUAAAGAAGCAGAACCCCGAAUUUGGACUAAGCAUUGAUGGAGAGGUAACUGUUCCAACUAUUUAACAACCGUUAGCUUCACUCUUCUCAAGAGUUUUGCUACUGUGCCUAGUAACCACUAACUUGGGAAAUAUGCUGCUUAAAAGGUAUUACAAGUUACAGAUAAAUCAGGUCAGUUUGCACCCUUUUUCUCUGCCAAUCUGACACGUCAGUCUUUUUUUUUACCUUUUACGGUUGGUUUGGGGCUGGAGAUCAGAUAGCUAAGGUAGAGGUAUUUCAAAAAUAGAGGUCUCAACUCACUGAAAGUGGAUCUUGCCGAUCAUUCCUGUAACUGAGGCCUUUGCUCUCAGCCUUCCUCUCCCUCUCCGCCACUUUUACGCGUUCUUGCCUAACUUUACUGUGGACAAGGACCCUCCAAUCUCCAUUCAUUCCUCCUUUCUAGAAUUUUAACCGCGUAUUCUUUUGGGUUGUUCCAUUUAGCGUGUGAUGCUUCUCUCUUUCCUACGACUCACCCUCCCCAAACCCUCUCCCACCAUUAGUUCAACGUAGUUGUUCCUGCACGAGUAACCAUCUUGGCUCAUUAUUUCACUUUGCCAUCUCUUACCAUAUUAUCGAAAAACGUAUUUGCAUCUUUACCACUCUAAGUGUUUGUUUAAUCAUUUAAUGUUUUAAUUUUAUUGUACUCAAUUUUAAAGCCUACGGGCAAUGGGGUGCAUCAGAAAGGUACUCUACCUAAUAGCAUAGAGGUAGAUAGGAGCCAACAAGGCAAUUGUGUUUACACCUCGAAUCCUUGAGCCAUUUUUACUAUGUGCAACCUUCCAGUCCUGUCCAAAUAUGUAUUUUACUAUUAGAAGAGGAUGGAUCAUCCUCAAUAUUUUCAUAGGUAGUCUAUGAUGAAGAGUAGGUUUUUGGCCAGCAAUCACUCGCGUGUUUGACUUGUUUUAUCCCGGGGUUAAAAUACAAGCUGCGUGGGAAAUGAGAAUGAAACUCUAAUACAGCAAAGCGGCCAACCCAAUCGAGAUGCAGAGUGAAAGGAUUAAAAGAACCUCCGUUACCUGUAUUGAUUUGAAAAAUAAAAAACCCUAAACAUUUAA